UCCCGGGCUAGGGAACUAAUGACUACCACGGUGGGAACAGAAGGGCGAUGGGGUCGGGCGGGUCUGCUUUACGGCACGGCAGGGAAACAGUGCGGCUCCGAGCAGGGCAAAGAUUUAAGCAGGGAAUUUUUGCGACAGUGGAAGGACGAAACGAUGCCUCAGGUAUCUUUACGACGGAGGGGGUUCCGGCGUCCACUUUGUUUUGCGACAGAGGCACCGACGACCCCGACGUCGUUGAGGGAAGAGACACCUCGAAACACCCGCUUUACGGCAAGAGUAGGAGGUUUCUUCUUUCACGCUACACGCUUUAAAGCUGUGUGAGCGGCACUUGUAGAAGCGGGGAGAAGCGGCGGCUUUGUAAAUGAAAGUCUCUGCCCUCCACGCUUCCGAGACUGGAAGUGGCUUGCGACACUGUCGCACUUCUCCUAGCUUGCCUCACGCCUCUCGUGAAAGGCAGAGCUUUUGGGGAAAAAAGCUCGCAGAUGUUUUAAUCCAAUUCAACAAAAAUCUUAGAUUUAAAAGCCACGAAUAAAGAAUCCAAAGAAACUUCGUUAGGCAGUUUGGAGCAACGGUGCAGAUGGUUCCCAAAAAUCCCCCAGACCUGUUCGCAAACCCCCAGCCCAACUCUCCGAUACUCGCGCUAAGGGUGAGGGACUGUGACGUCACAAUUCAGGCUUCUUGCUCCCCAGCAAGGCCUCGAAACUAUGAUUGGCUGAUUCGGACGUGGGCAGUGAAGGGGAAGAAGGGCGGGAACAAACACGAGAGACAAAGAAAGAAUACAGAGAGGACUAGGAAGGGAGGGGCGAACAGCGGGGCUUCCAGCCCGAGGUCGCGCUACAGGGUCUUGAUAACGCCCACAGGGGCUCCUGGGAGCAGAGGGAUUGGGGACCAAGGCCUGUGCCCAAGUACCGCCGGCCCAUCGCGUUGGGGUUGGGGUCUCGGGGGCGGGGCUAUGUGGUGCAGAGAGGCGGGGCCGGGGUAGCUGAGAGUGGCCCCCAGGUGGGGUCAUGGAGAAGCCAGAGUCUCUGGGGACCGCUGGCGGCCUCAACGGGGAAUCCGCCGGAGUGGCAUCCAGGGGCUUGCCCCGAGGGAUCCGAGGAGUGGAGGCAGGCGCCGGGUUGCCAUCCGGAGUAAUCUUGUUUCAUGGUUCUGGACCCUCCUUGCACCCCGGGGGAAUCGUAGUUCCUAGUUCUGGUUCCAGCCGGUCCCCCGGGGGAGUCCUCGGUUCGGGGCCCAACCAGCACCUCGGGGAGGUUGCGGGCCACAGCCUUGGGUCCGGCACAUACCCUGACGGAUUCAACACCCCCGGCCCUGGAACCAGCGUAUCCGGGGUAUCCAGCCCCCGGUCCGGGGGAGCAGGGGCGUACAGCUUGGGGUGCAGUCCGCGUUCCGGGAUACCUUGCCCACAUUCCUACAACUCCUAUGAGGAUCGGCCACGCGGCAUCCUCAAAAACAACAGCACCGUCUUGAUGCAGAAAUCCCCCAGUGCGGAGAAGAAAAAGUCUCAGCGCUGGGAUGAGAUGAAUAUCCUGGCCACCUACCACCCUGCUGGCAAGGACUAUGGAUUUAUGAAGGUGGAUGAGCCCGGCACUCCCUACCACAGGCUGCAGGACAGGGAUGAGGACCUGUCCCCAGGCUCCUCCCACACGGUAACACCUGAGGCGCUGGCAGAGAGGUUUGCAACAAUGGACAAUUUCUGCCCAAAGGUCCUCCAGUACGGUGAUAACAGAAGCUCAGGGUCUCCAGACAACUUUUCCAAGACAUACUCCAGUGAUUUUGACAAGCGCCGCAAGGCCCACUAUGAUGAAGGGAAGUUCCUCAAGACCCAGAAAGCCCUGCCCUUGGAUGAUGAGGAAGACAACAGUGGGGGCAGUGCAAAUAUCAGCAGUGGCAGUCAAGGUGUUAUGCUGGAUCCAGAGCCCAGGCCUGUGGAGAGAGGCUGGGCAGGAGAAUUGGCCAGAGGAGUCAAAGAUGAGACUGGCCUAGUGGCCAGGAACCACAUCCUGGAAGCCAAGGGUUAGCUUUGAGGGGAGUCGGGGUGCUGAACUCAAGGAAGCUUUAGUCCAGAGCCAGUUCCUCCCUUCCCUACCACAGUCCCUCUUCCCCAGUGGGUAUCAGACCCAGAGUCCUGCUGCCUGAGGGGGAGGUAAUGCUGGGAGGUGACCCCAGGGCAGAUAGGACAGCUGGAGUGGAGUCCCCAUUCACGAUAAGAUGCCCAGGGAAGGCUGACUGGUGAGGAACAGAAACCCAAGAGAACCAUGAGAGAUGGAGAGGUUACUAAAGAUUCUCUAAAAUGGGAGGAGGAAAAGAGAAGUAAGGGAGAUGCGAUUCUAGGGCUUAUGCUUCUCUCCUGUGGCGGAGCCUGUAGUGUUGACAGCCAACCUCGGGGCAGGAAUACCCCAGGUAGCCAUAAGAAUCAGAUUGAUUUGGGUGACUUUGCAGAUUCCUCUACCUCCAGAAAUCCAUCCCCAGCUUUGACCCCUCCUGCAUCGGAACAGGAGAUCGAUCAUCAACGCAAGGAAUAUUACAGCAAAGGAAGAUACCUGAGG